AUGAAGCAGUCGUCCAUGCGGUAUGCCAUUCGUUUGUGGAUGAUUUGGCUGUCUGUCACCACAGCUCAGCAACAACCACAACAACAAAUUGGCUACCGGCCUUGUGAAACUGGAUCUUGUCCCACACCUUCUCUCUAUGCCGCCGAGGCCCAAGAAGAAUCCAAGUGUGGCCUGUGGAUGGGUCCUUCGCUCAUUAAAGAAAAGGAACAACACGGCUUUGGCCUCGGUGUCUUUACUGGCAAACAUAUUCGAGAAGGGGCCACUGUGGAUGCCGAAACCUUGGUUCCAGUGAUGGAUUGGGAAGGAGUCCAGGAAGAUCCUCCUCUCAAAGAACAUCUUUGGAAUGGCGAGAAUUUGCCGCUGCUGGCCAUGCAGAGUCACUGGGGAGCCUUUUACUUUGUUCCAGGAUUGGGUUGUAUUGUUCCUUGCACCUCUGUCAAUUUCAAUCUCAGGCUGACCAACAAGUAUUUGGAAUACAUGGAACCGCACGAUCAUCCGGCCACGGGAUCCUUUUCUCGCUACCAAAGUAUGUUCUUUGAGGCAGUCCGAGAAAUCAGUCCUGGUGAAGAACUUGUGGUCGAAUGUAGCGAUGAUGACUUUGAUGGUGGUACCUACGCUCUUUCCAAAUAUCAUCAGACGGACGACAAGGAAGAAAUCAUGUGUCUGGAUGAUACCUUGGGUGUGGCGGCUGGAACGGCCAACCCAGAUGCCUCGGGAAAGGCUGUCUAUGCAAAACGCAACAUCAAAAAGGGAGAAGUCGUCUUUUCAUCACCACUAGUACCAAUUUCCCGCACAGAAAUGGAGAUUCCAAAGGAAAUCAAAAAGGAAUACGAAGUACCAGACCAACAGCUCUUGUUGAAUUACGCGUUUGGUCAUCCCGAUUCGGAUCUUUUGCUGUUACCGUAUGGGCCAACCGUCAACUACAUUAAUCAUCACUCGGAUUUUGUCAAUGUGGAAGUGAGGUGGCACACACCCAAAGAGUACAGCAAACCAUUAACGAAACGACAGGAACAUCAUCAUCCGGAACUCUUGGAGGUUCCAGGCAGAAUGGUGUCACAGAUUCACGGCAAGGGUCUCAUGUUUGACUAUGUGGCAACCAAGGACAUUCAAGAGGGCCAUGAAAUAUUUUUGGAUUAUGGAGACGAAUGGACCAAGGCGUGGGACCAAUAUGCAGAGAAAUGGGACGAGAACAAGCGGGAUUAUCACUAUGAAUCUGCCAUGGAGUAUUCCAACAAACACAACAUGCAAAUUCUAAAGACUCCCAAGGAACAAAUGAACCAUCCUUAUCCUCCAAACAUCAUGUUCACUUGCGAAUAUCCAGAAACGUGGGUGGACCCAGCACCAGGUGAAUCCUAUGUCCAACACCGCUUUGAUGAGAACGAAUUCAAUGCCUGCUUGUUGCCUUGUACGAUUGAAGGUCGAUACGAAAAAGAGGUAGAUGAGAAUGAUCCAGAAGAUACCCAGCCGGAAUAUCUAUACCGGGUUAAACUACUGGAGGUUUCAAAUCAUACCAACGUGGCGUACGACUGUCUCAUUGUGGACGAUGUGGAAUAUGAGUAUUUUGAUGUCCCAAGAGACGUCAUCUUUGUGACAGAUCGGCCCUAUACGACGGAUUACUUCCAGCCCUAUGCCUUUCGGCAUGAGAUUCAAGUUCCAGACGGACUCUAUCCCGAUGCUUGGCUGGAAAAGAAGUCGAGGGUACGACGACGGGAGACGGUCAAAGUCUCGGACCUUUCGGAUCAUUCCUUCAAGCGACGAUUGCCCAAGAACUUGCCGGACCAAAACAAAAUUUGA